AUGCCUCGCGAAGUUGUCGUGUUUCAGAUUGGGCAAUGCGGAAAUCAGAUAGGGUCGCAGUUCUGGCAAACUGUGCUGGAAGAGCAUGCAGCCGCCGCGCGGGCGCGCGCGGGCGCGACUGCCCCGGGGCGACCCCCAGGGCUCCAGUCUGCGGUGCCCCUCUUCGACGCGUCGAUGUCGACAUUCUUUCGAAACGUCGACGCCAGGCACCCCGACUACCGCGACCUCAGGGGAGACGAUCAGCCGAUCAAGACUCUAAAGGCCCGCGCGAUUCUCAUCGACACGGAGGAAGGCGUGCUGAACGCGGCUCGCCGCAGCGCUCUUGGCUCUCUCUUCGACGAGCGGCAGAUCGUCGCAGACGUCUCCGGUGCGGGAAAUAACUGCGUCGCGGUGCUUGCUGAGCGCGGGGCUCACGGCUACUGUGAGUACGGGCGCGGCUUCCGGCCGCAGCUCUGCGAGGCCGCGCGGCGGGCCCUCGAGCACGCGGACUCCAUACAGGCCUUCCUGCUGCUGCACUCCCUUGGCGGGGGCACGGGCUCCGGACUGGGGAGCUACGUCGUCGAGAUGCUGGCGGAAGAGCUCCCUGAAGUGCCGCGCUUCUGCUGCUCGAUCGUCCCUUCGCCCGUGGGCGCCGACGACGUGGUGACUUCGCCUUACAACAGCGUUCUUGCUCUCGCGUACCUGCGGGAGCACGCUUCCUGCGUGCUCCCCGUGUCCAACGACGCGCUGAUCAAAAUAUGCGAAGCGAGCGAGCCGCGCCCCAAACUCACGGCGUGGGACUCCACUCUGCCGCGCCGCAGCCGCACGCCGCGCGAAGGCGAGCGCGUCGACAGGCGCAGACCGCGGGUGCGGAACGACGGGGCCUUUGACAAGAUGAACGGCCUCGUCGCGCGUGCGCUGGCGCAGUUGACCUGCUCUCUUCGCUUCGACGGAAGCUUGAGCGUGGACCUCGACGACAUCACAACGAACCUUGUCCCGUACCCCGGCCUGCACUUUCUGCUUUCGUCUCUCGCGCCUCUCGCGGGCGUCGCACCUGAACGUGGGGCUGCUUCCGUCGAGCGCACGUUCGCGCAGCGUGUCGCAGACCUCCUGGCCUCCAGUAACCAACUGUUUGCUAGCCAGCCCAUGCGCAGCCUGUGUCUCGCCUCCGCCUUCCUCGCACGCGGACCGCUCAUCUCUGUUUCCAGCUUGAUCCAUAAUGUAGCAAAACUGAGACGGAAACUGAGGCUGCUGAGCUUCAACCAAGACGCCACGAGAUUCGGCUUGUGCGCAGUCGCGCCGCAGGGCCAGCCUUACGGCCUUCUCGCACUCCUGAACUCGUGUGAGGUUGCGCACCUCUUCUCAACCGUGCACGGACGCUUCAACCAGCUGUUCACGCGGAAGGCCCAUUUGCACCAUUACGACCACUACAUGGAUCGCGGUGCUUUCGAGGCAGCUUCUGAGUCGGUGUUGAGCUUGGUUGCAGAUUAUUCGUAUCUGAAUCGUACCCACGGCCCCUCUCCGGCUUACCUGCCGGCUUCCACGCACUUUUCUCGUCCUUGCUCGCUCUAUGCUUGGCCGCCCGCCUUGUGUGCUCCACGGUAG